UUUACACAAGAGAUGGAACGUUUAUAUUUGGCUUCAUCUUCUAGUGUUGAAAAUCAGAUUGAACCGUUUGAUUUCUUCGCAGAAAAAACCCAAAAUGCAUUUGAAUUCCUUACCUUGUCUCAGCCAUCUGAAAAAGAAAUUAGACUAUCUAAUGAUCAAGAAAACCCUAAUUCGUGCAACUGGCUUGACAAAGAAGAUGAUGUGACUGUUGCGUUACACAUUGGUCUUCCAAAUUUCAACAACACCUCUACUAAUAUUCCAACUGAUCAUACCAAAGGAGAUGGAAAUAUGGCUGCAGGCACCCAAUAUUGGAUACCAACUCCUUCACAAAUUUUGGUUGGCUUCACCCAUUUUUCAUGUCACAUUUGUCACAAAACUUUCAAUCGCUACAACAAUCUUCAGAUGCAUAUGUGGGGGCAUGGUUCGCAAUAUCGAAAAGGACCAGAAUCACUUAAGGGAACACAACCAAGAGCCAUGUUAGGGAUACCAUGCUACUGUUGUGAGGAAGGGUGCAAGAACAACAUAAACCACCCGAGGGCUAAGCCAUUGAAGGAUUUUCGAACACUGCAAACGCAUUACAAGAGAAAGCACGGGACAAAGCGUUUUGCAUGCAGGAAAUGUGGCAAGUGCUUGGCUGUGAAAGGGGACUGGAGAACGCACGAGAAAAACUGUGGAAAACGUUGGCUUUGCAUUUGUGGUUCGGAUUUUAAGCACAAGAGGUCGUUGAAAGAUCAUAUUGCUUCGUUUGGUGAAGGUCAUGGCCCUUGUCCUCCUAAUUCUUUUGAAGGGGUUGAAGUUCAGAAAAAAUAUUCUGUUUUCGUUUAAUGAUAAAAAACCAACAGGAAGUUUUUGCUAUCCUUUUUGUUGCCAGUAAGCUGUUUAUUAUAAAUUUUCUACUGGAUCUGUGCCUAAAGAAUUGCAGCUUACUGCCCAAAACGUAUUGAAAUAUAUGCCUUCUUUUUUCA